GGCACUACGAGUCCUUUGAAAGGUUAUAAAUGAUAAUGCAGAAAUUUACUAGCGUGUGGCAGUGUUUAUUAGUGCGAGUGUACAUGUUAAGCCCCCCCAGUAUUUCUCUCCGGAUUAAGUUGAGUUGUUUGCUGCAGUUAAAAUAGAACCAAACGGUGUAUGAGCUGUUUAGUAUUUACCACUUCGCCUUUUUCUCCUCUGCUGGUCAGACAGUUAGCUAGCUAGCAGAUAUCCUCAGCAGAGCUGGCAGCUAUGGCUGCAGUUAUUCUGAGUUUCCCAACUCUGCAGGGUCUGAGGAUAUUUACACAAAAAUUGUCAUGGACCAAAAGAGGCGUGAGGCUUGUUUCAGGAGGGGUGGGAAGAAUAGAGAAGGUGCUGAUUGCCAAUCGAGGAGAGAUUGCGUGUCGUGUGAUGCGCACGGCCAAGAAGAUGGGCGUCCGCUCUGUGGCUGUGUACAGUGAUGCAGACAGACACUCCAUGCAUGUGGCCAUGGCAGAUGAAGCCUACCACAUCGGCCCCCCACCCUCCCAGCAGAGUUACCUCUCUAUGGAGAAAGUUUUGGAAGUGGCCAAGAAGUCUGGAUCACAUGCGGUCCACCCUGGUUAUGGCUUUCUGUCAGAAAACACAGAGUUUGCGGAGGCGUGUAAACAGGAAGGGAUCAUCUUCAUUGGGCCACCUUCCUCUGCCAUCCGAGACAUGGGCAUUAAAAGCACAUCCAAACACAUCAUGUCAGCUGCUGGGGUGCCAAUCAUUGGUGGUUACCAUGGAGAGGACCAAUCAAAUGAGAGGCUGCAAGCAGAGGCCACCCAGAUAGGAUACCCUGUGAUGAUUAAGGCAGUCCGUGGAGGAGGAGGGAAGGGGAUGCGUAUUGCACGGUCAGACUCAGACUUCUUGGAGCAGUUGGAGUCGGCGAGACGAGAAGCCAGAAAAUCCUUUAACGAUGAUGUCAUGCUGGUUGAGAAGUUUGUAGAGGAUCCCAGACAUGUGGAGGUUCAGGUGUUCGGGGACAUGCACGGUAACGCUGUCUAUCUGUUUGAGAGAGACUGCAGCGUCCAGAGGAGACAUCAGAAGAUCAUAGAGGAAGCACCAGGGCCUGGUAUUAGUCCAGAGGUUCGGAGGAAACUUGGAGAGGCAGCAGUUAAAGCAGCCAAGGCUGUCAACUAUGUAGGGGCAGGUACGGUGGAGUUUAUAAUGGACGCCCAGCAUAACUUUUACUUCAUGGAGAUGAACACCAGGCUGCAGGUGGAACAUCCUGUCUCUGAGAUGAUCACUGGGACUGACCUGGUGGAGUGGCAGCUCAGGGUGGCAGCAGGGGAGCGCCUGCCUCUUCUCCAGGAUGACAUCAUUUUAAGGGGACACUCUUUUGAGGCUCGUAUCUACGCCGAGGACCCAAACAACGACUUCCUUCCAGGGGCGGGGCCUCUGCUGCAUCUCUCCACCCCUCCACCAGACCAACACACACGCAUAGAGACUGGAGUCAGGGAUGGGGACGAGGUGUCGGCACAUUAUGACCCAAUGAUCGCCAAGCUUGUGGUGUGGGGAGAAGACCGAUCUGCUGCUUUAAAGAAGCUGCGGUACUGCUUACGGCAGUACAAUAUUGUGGGACUGAACACUAACAUUGACUUUUUGCUGAGUCUUUCGGGCCACCCGGAGUUUGAGGCUGGAAAUGUGACCACCAGCUUCAUCCCUCAGCACUACGCUGACCUCUUCCCCACUCCGAGAACUCCUUCUGGGGAAAUGAUCUGCCAGGCGGCCCUGGGCCUGGUGCUGCAGGAGAGGAGACGCACACAGGAGUUCACACAGACCUCCACUGACCCCUUCUCCCCAUUUGGCUCCAGCAGCGGCUGGAGAAGCAACAUUCAGUUCAACAGAAACAUGACACUACAGCUGGGAGACAAAAAAGUUGAUGUGGUCGUCGUGUACAACAAAGACGGAAGCUACACAAUGCAGAUUGGUGAGGAGGUGUACCAUGUGACUGGGGAGGUGGAGAUGGAAGGUGGAGCGUCAUUCCUGCACUGUUCUGUCAAUGGCGUGAAGUCUCGUCCCAAACUGGUGAUCCUGGACAACACAGUGCACCUGUUCUCCACGGAGGGAAGCUGUGAAGUGUCUGUUCCAGUGCCCAAGUAUCUGGCUGGUGUGAGCAGCUCUGGGGCUCAGGGUGGAGCUGUGGCCCCCAUGACUGGAACCAUAGAGAAGGUGCUAGUGAAGGCUGGAGACAAAGUGGCUGUAGGAGACCCGCUGAUGGUCAUGAUUGCAAUGAAGAUGGAGGUGAGCAUACGAUUCGGGCGCCCAAGUCAGGUGUGAUCAAGAAGGUUUUCUUCAGCGAGGGCUCUCAGGCCAAUCGCCACGCUCCUCUGGUUGAACUGGAAGAGGAGGCGGAGGAUGGGGAGGGGAGCAGCCAGUAAACAAACUCACACACACAACCACACCCACAAAUACACACUUGACAGGUAGGAGAGAGCCGGAACUAGUUACUGUGACAACUGGAGGGAAAGUGAGUCAAUCUGAAUGGGGUUGGUGUCCAGCACUUGAUUAAUAUUUCUUAAAGUCAGGGCCUGAAUCAUCAGUUGGGCUGAUUUUGGUUCAGUCUGGAAUGGAUGACAAAAACCCAACAUGCAUUUAGGAAGGUCAAAAACAGUUACAGUGACCUGAAAUGUUCCUGAGUUUGACUUGUGUGACAGCAGUGAAAAGGCUCAUACUGUGGGUAAACACCACAAAAAUCACUAAUGUACAGUUGCCUUUUACACAUCAGGAUAUUACCUUUAUGUUGACUUUUGUGUGUUUCUGCUUUUCUUGUUGUGUGUUUAUAUGUUUGCAGUAAUCAGUGAAUCUCUGACAACUUCUGUGUUUGCAAUUUUUUUUUUUUCUGGGUUGGUUUCUGUCAGCGGUGUGGUGUUCGUUAAAGAUUUGGGUAUUCUCUUGUUCAGUACAGUUUAAUGCACUUACGUACGGAUGAGGUUGACAGUUGAGUGUCCUCUCCAUGCACACACUGUCUAUUUCUUCUACUUCUUCAACUAAAUAGUUGUUUGUAAGCAUAUCUGAGGCAGAAGAUAAUAAGUAGGUGGAAUGGCAAGUGAGAAAUCAGACAAAAUACUUGCAGAAUUAUGCCAUUGGGCUAUAGGAAUAGUUACUGAUGGGGACUUCACAUUUACAUGACCUUAAAAUAUAUACUGAGUGAAUACCAAGCUUAAAGCAACUCAACAGUUUUUCAUAGUCAUUAAGAAUUGACACAUUGAAGCUACAUGGCUUUUACUGGACAGUGAUUUUAAGAGCUGUAAACUUUCUUUUGGUGUCAAAAAUAUUUUGUAUUGGGGUUUGUUGUUGUUUGUCAUCAUUUACCCCUGAAGUGUGUUUGCAGAGGUCUGCUGUGAGCAGAUAUUGUAACAUGGCACUGAGGAGAAAGGCCUUCAAAAUUGGGAGGCAGAAAAACACUUGAGAAUUAUCAAAUGAUUCCCAACUUUUGCGACCAGCUUUGGCUCUGAUUUGAUAACCCUUAAAAGAUGAAAUGUCGGUCACAGAGGGCUUUAAACAGACAGAUGGUUUGUUUCUGUGUAAAUCCGUCAUCAGUCCAAAUGAUUUUACCUCGCAUAUGUCAUGUGAACUUGACCUGAUUCUGCUGAUCACUCUCUUCUGACUAACUGGUGUGUUAUGAGGCCUUUGUAGACUAAAACUGACAAACACUUGUGUUAAUUUUGUAGAUGUAUGACAGAUGAUUUUUGAAAAAUGAUAUUGGACUGGUGAGAUACUGUAAUAAAAAUAUUUCUAAAGUA